GGGUGUCGAGGAUGGCCAGGCAAGCGCCUGCUGCGCCUUUGUCUCCCUUUGCUUGAGGCGCAAAGCGGUGGAAAGGCGAUGCCUUUCCACUAGGGUACGAGGGUUUUUUUUUUUAAAUGAUCUAAUCACCCAAAGCCCAUAGAAGUCCAACUCAUGAUUAAUUUCCUCUUCUCUAUGGACAAGAGGUGAUACAAAUUCUCUACAUGCACGACAGUACGUCUCCUCUUCCCUAUUUCCUUUGAAAUUGAUUCGAAGCUUCACUGCUUCAGCGGCGCUUCAGCGACGUUUUCCCAUAGUUUCUCCUCUGCUCGUGGAAUUUUUCCUCAUACUCUGAAGUUUCAUGCAGGCUGCCUGCAAGAUGUAAGUUCCUUUGAUCCUAUCCAAAUUGUCCAAUACUUAUUUACUAUCAUAUAUUAUUAGUAUAUUACUAAUCGACUCCCUUGUUAAGUUUUGUUCUUAUCAAUAUUAAUCGGUCCCCUUGUUAAGUUGUUCUUGUCAAUUAGGUAUGACUUCUCAACAGCAAUCAGAAAAUCAAAACACACAAUCAGACGAUGAUAAUAAAAGAGGCCUUGAUUGGAAGCAUUGUUAUUUGAAAAACCCGAAAGAUUCUAAUAGUGUGACAUGUAGGUUUUGUGGGUUCACUUCCAAUGGAGGAAUUUUUCGAGCCAAACAACAUAUUGCUGGAAAUUCAAAAAAUGUUAGAAAAUGCAAAGAAUGCCCACAAAGUGUCUGUGAUGAACUGUUGAACUAUAUGAAUGAAAAGAAGAAACAAACGUUGCGAGCUUGUGGUGGAAUGAAGCAAGAUUUUUGCUUUCUUGAUGUCGAUGAAGAUGAAGAAGAUGCACAGGUAGUACAACUAAGUUCUAAAGAAAGUAAAAAAGCAAAAUUGGACUUCGACAGAGGAGAUUGAGAAUGGUAGUGUUAAAGGGCCAAUGGACCUCUUUAUUACGAAGAAGAAAACCAAAGGUGGGAAAUUGAGGCAAACAAGCAUAAAUGAUGCAUGUGACAACGAGCUUAGAAAUCGAACAGUUCAAAAGAUAGCCCGUUUCAUGUAUCAAGCUGCGAUUUCUUUCAAUGCUACCCAUUUAGAUAGCUUCAAGGAAAUGAUUGAAACCAUAGGUCAGUAUGGGCCGAAUUUGAAACCACCAAGUUAUCAUGAAUUGAGGGUACCUCUUUUACAGAAGGAAAUUGUCUACACAAAUGAGUUGUUAAAAGAAAACAGAGAUGAAUGUGAGAAAUAUGGUUGCUCAAUUAUGUUUGAUGGAUGGACUGAUAGGAAACAGAGGGCAUUGAUCAACUUUUUGGUUAAUUCACCCAAAGGAACAAUGUUCUUGAAAUCUGUGGAUGCAUCCACCCAUGUCAAGACUGGAACCCUACUAUAUGAGUUGCUUGAUAGAUUUGUAGAACGCGCGGGGGAGAAAAAUGUUGUGCAAGUGAUUUCAGAUAAUGGCAGCAAUUAUGUUUUAGCUGGCAAGCUUUUACAGACAAAAAGACCGAAUUUGUUUUGGACUCCAUGUGCUGCUCAUUGCAUUGAUUUGAUGCUAGAGGAUAUUGGCAAAAUUGAGGUGGUUCGAAAGAUUAUUUCUAGAGCAAUUGCUCUUGUUGGCUUCAUUUACAAUCAUGGAAGUGUUUUGCACAUGAUGAGAGAAUGCACUGAAAAUAAGGAGCUGGCAAGACAUGGAGUCACCCGCUUUGCUACUGCAUUUCUCACUUUGCAAAGCCUCCACAAACGACAAAAGGCUUUAAAGAGAAUGCUCUUAUCUAUAUCCACUGUAGAGAGUAAGUGGGCUAAUGAUGCUAAGGGUAAGAGGGCAAAUGAUAUUGUUUUCAUGCCUUCUUUUUGGAAUAAUGUGACAUACACACUUAAAGUGAUGUGUCCUCUAGUGAUGGUUCUUUGCAUUGCUAACAAUGAAACAAGGCCAGUGAUGGGUUAUAUUUAUGAAGCUAUGGAUAGAGCAAAAGAAACAAUUCUGAAGCCCUUUGAUAACAAUAGAGAGAAAUGUAAAAAUGUGUUGGACAUUAUUGAUAGUAGAUGGGAUCAUCAGCUUCAUCAUCCUUUGCAUGCAGCGGGAUACUACUUAAACCCGUAUUUUUACUAUCACAAUCCGAAAGUUGAGACGGAUACAGAAGUAACAAAUGGAUUGUUUGCAUGCAUACAAAGAUUGAUUCCAAGUCCUGAACUGAGGGAUAAGAUUAUUAUAGAGGAGUUGCCGGUAUAUAAGAACUCAGAGUUAUUGUUUGGCAAUGAAUUUGCCAUUAGAGCAAUGAAUAAUAAAGACCAACCAAUGACACCUAGUAUAUAUUUUGUUUCAAAAAAGUUAAAUAGUUAAACUUAAAUAUCAAAUGAAAAUAGUGAA